UAAAGUAAAUAAAACGUCACGUGGGUACCGCUCGAGGCAUCUGUUUCGUUGAAAACCAGAGCCGUUGAAAAAUUAAAAUGUAUCGCUAACCGUUGUGUGUCUCUCUCUCUCUGUGUGUGUGUGUGUGUGGACAAAUUGCCAUUCUACACCAAACAAACGUGAUAUGGUCAAAUAAAAACACUUUUCCACGCAGAUGGACCUGAUUUCACCCUAAAAUAGAGAUGAUUUAAUCGUCAUUAUCAACGCGGAUGCUGAUUCUGAUUCUGAGGGUAACAGGAGGAACUGAAGGCGGAGUUUGCAAACUUUAACCCACCGCAGACAGUCGGAGGAGGAAUACCCGUGCUGUUUAAUUCGUUUAGUUGAUUGAGUGCUCUUAUAUGAUGCCAGAAAGCUGUGGUGUCUCAGGGGCCCUUCAGCGCCUGAUGCCCCUGGCCCUCAGGGGAGAAUGGAUGGCACUAGAACAGAAACUCAAGACUUUAGAAAAGGGAGAUCCGGACAUCUUCCAGUUUGACGAGGAGUCUGGCUUGAGCCUGAUGAUGGUUGCGGUUCGAGAGAAUCGUCUGUCUGUCGUUGACAGGCUUCUGGAACUGGGGGUCAAUCCAAGUGACAAAACAAAGGACGGCAGAUCGGCGUUACAUGUCGCCGCCGCUCACUCCAAAGAUGAGAUCGUCAAACUACUGGCAAGAAAAACCGAUCCCAAUUUACCAGCAGGGCCCAGUGAUCAGCUGCCCCUGCAUUACGCAGCGUCCCGGCCGACCGGAGGACUCGGAGUCGUCCAAACGCUGCUCAAGUUCAGCAGCAAAGACGCUCGUCUGACACCAGACAAGGAGGGCCGCCUCCCGCUGCUGCUGGCUGUCGAAGCCGGGAAUGUUGGGAUUGUACGGGAACUCCUCUCCGGCCAAUCAGAGCCUCAGCUCAGAGCUGUGAAGACCGCAAACGGAGACACGGCGCUCCACAUCUGCUGCCGACGGAAAGACGCUGAUAUGGCCAAAGUCCUGGUGGAGUUCGGCGCGAGUCCGGACUCUCAGAAUAAUGAGUGGCAGACUCCUCUGCACGUCGCCGCUCUGGAAGGAGACGAGAACAUGCUGAAGUUGUUGCACCUCUGCAAGGCCAGUCCCAACAUCUUAGACAAGAUGGACAGAUCUCCUCUACACAUCGCAGCAGAGCGGGGGCACACCAAUGUCGUCGAGAUCCUCACAGAGAAAUUCAAGUCAUGUGUGUUAGCAAGAACGAAGGAUGGCAACACACUUUUGCAUAUCGCGUCCCAAUGUGGUCACCCUGCGACCGCUCUCACGCUCCUGAGGAAAGGCGUCUUGUUGCACAUGCCAAACAAGUCAGGGGCGGUGUGUCUUCACUCCGCGGCAAAGAAAGGCCACACGGCUGUAGUGAAGGCUCUUCUCCUGAAGGGGGCGCAUGUAGACGCCACCACUAAAGAUGGACAGACGGCUCUUCACAUCGCGGUGGAGAACUGCAAGCCACAGGUGGUGCAGAUGUUACUGGGAUUCGGGGCACAUGUGCAGCUCAGGGGAGGAAAGGCGCAGGAAACCCCUCUGCACAUCGCAGCGAGAGUGAAGGACGGCGUAAGAGCGGCGGAGAUGCUUCUGAAGAGCGGCGCGGAUGUGAACGCGGAACAGGAGAACGGAGAGACCGCUAUGCAUGUAGCCGCGCGUCACGACGCUCUGGAGAUGAUGCGAGCGCUGAUCCAGGAGGGCGGGGACGUCACAUGGAAAUCAAAGAUUGAGGAGAACUCUCUGCAUGUUGCGGUGCGUCACUGUCACGCUCGCGUGGUGGAGGAGAUCGUAAACUCUCUGACCAAUGAGAGAAGCCGUCAGGAGGCGGAGCUCUGCGUCCGUGAAGGGAACCAGGUCGGUGAGACGCCACUGCACCUGGCAGCUCAGCUCCGGAGGGACUCAGUGCAUCGGAUAGAUGAGGACAUCUGCAUCAUCAAGACCCUGAUGGAGCAUCAUGCUGACAUCACUGCCGUGACCCGACAGAGCGGAGAGACGCCUCUUCAUUACAGCGCCAGGGUGGGAAAUACCGCCGCCCUCCAGGAGAUGCUCAGUAACGUCCCCAGCAAUCAGCUCCAGAUUGCCAUCAACAAACACACCAAGAGCGGCUGGUCUCCGCUGUUGCUGGCCGCAGAUCAGGGUCACACAGAGGUCGUGAGGGUCCUGCUGCAAAACAAUGCCAGAGUGGACGUGUUUGAUGAGGAGGGGAAGGCCGCCAUUCAUCUGGCUGCAGAACAAGGUCAUCAAGACAUCGUGGAUAUCCUGCUGUCCCAUAAGGCCUUUGUGAACGCCAAGACCAAACUGGGCCUGACGCCUCUUCACCUCAGCGCUCGGAGCGGGUCGGCGCGGCUCGUGCGGUUACUGGUGGAGACCCAUCAGGCCAGUGUUGACGCUCUCUCUCUGAGAAAGCAGACGCCUCUUCAUUUAGCGGCCGUCGGCGGGCAGCUGGACGUUUGCAGCAGCUUAUUAAACCUGAAAGCUGACAUCACUGCCGCAGAUAUCCGCGGACAGACUCCUCUGCAUCUGGCGGCGGAGAGCGAUCACUCUGAGGUGGUGAAGCUGUUUCUGAGGCACAGGCCUGGAUUAGCCACACUAGCUAACAUGGAGGGCGCGACCUGCGCACACAUCGCUGCGGCUAAAGGCAGUGCGGCCGUCAUCAGAGAACUGCUCAUGUUCAACCCAGGAGGACCGCUCGCACUCAACAACAAGGCUAACGGCGUGUGUCCGCUGCACCUGGCGGCCGCUGGAGGACACACGGAGGUGGUGAAGGUGCUUCUGGAGGCCGGAGCUUCGGUGACGGAGGAGGAUCUGGAGGGCAUGACGGCCAUUCAUUUGGCAGCCAAGAAUGGACACACUCAUAUUCUGGAGGUGCUGAAAGGAAGCGUCUCACUGAAGAUACAAAGCUCCAAGACGGGGUUAACUGCUCUGCACGUGGCGGCCCGCUUCGGUCAGGUGGACUUUGUGAGGGAAAUCCUGACUAAAGUCCCGGCCACGAUACGCAGCGAAUUCCCAAACCACAGCGGCAAAGAUGACGGGAAGAGACGUGAACAGACUUCAGCUGAGUCAGGUUACACUCCUCUGCACCUGGCGGCUCAGUCCGGUCAUGAGAGCGUGGUUCGGCUGCUGCUGAAUUCUCCCGGCGUUCAGGCUGACGCAGAAACACACGUUCAGGGCUCCAGUGCGCUGCACCUGGCGGCUCAGAGCGGACACACGGCUGUGGUGGGACUGUUGCUCAGCCGGUCUGCGUCGCUGCUGCACCUCACAGACACACGGGGGCGCUCAUGUCUGCAUCUGGCCGCCGCACACGGACACGCGGCCAUGGUGAGAGUCCUGCUGGGACAGGGAGCGGAGAUCAAUCACACCGACGCGAGUGGCUGGACGGCGCUGCAUUACUCGGCUCAGGCCGGCUGUCUGCAGGUUGUGUCUCUGCUGGUGGAGAGCGGAGCGUCAGUGUGUGUCGAGUGUCGAGCCGGACAGACGCCGCUUCAGUUCGCCGCUCAGGAGAACCACGAACCCACAGUCAUAUUCCUGAUCAGGAGAGAGAAAAACACACUCCGUCUGCUGGAGGACAAGAAGUUUGUGUUCAACCUGAUGGUGUGCGGCCGGAUGAAUGAUAAUCUGGCCCUGGAGGAGCUGGUCCUGCACUCUCCCGCUCCUCUGGACUCGUCGGUGCGCCUCUCGCGGGCUCUGACUCUGGCCGCUCUCCGAGAGAAGGAGCGAUCGGUGGACCUGCACGCCGCCGCCCGUCACUGUGAGGUCAUGGCCUCUGACCUCCUGACCCUAGCCUCCUCAGCGGGGGGUCACGGCGCGGGGCCGAUCCUCAGGGCCGUGGACCAUCGGGGGGUCAGCGUGCUGGACUGCCUGAUCGAGGGCCGGCAGAAAGGCGUGGUGUCGCACCCGGCGGUGCAGACGUACCUGACGGACCUGUGGUUCGGGAGCCGGCGCUGGGACUCCUGGAAGAUCCUGAUGCUGUUCUUCUGCUUGCUGUUCUGCCCUCCGCUGUGGCUGGGGCUCUCACUGCCGCUCAGACACAACUUCAACACCAUCCCAAUCGUCAAGUUCCUGAGUCACCUGGUGUCGCACAUCUUCCUGUUGGCCCUGUUCAUCUUAACCAUCGUGUACCCGCCCGUGAGCCCGCUCUCCCAGGGCCGUCUGGUGCCCGGCUGGUCCGAGUGCCUGCUGCUGAUCUGGCUCUGUGGCAUGCUAGUUUCCGAGCUGACUUUCCCAGGCGAGCGCACUGGAUUAGCGUGGAUUCGUCUUCUUCUCCUGGGUUUUUCCGCGGCGGCUCUACUGUGUCACGUGUUGGCGGUCCUCAGCCAGCGAUGGCCGCCAGCUCACCUUCACUGCCUGUUCGCGCGAAACGUCCUGCUAGCCGUCGCCAUGACGCUCGGCUUCAUCCAGCUGCUGGAGUUCCUGACUUUCCAUCACUUAUUCGGCCCGUGGGCCAUAAUCAUCCGAGACUUGAUAAAGGAUCUGUGUCGAUUUGCCGUGAUCCUCAUGUUGUUCCACACCGCCUUCACGCUGAGUCUCACAGCGUUGUGUCAGCCGCUGUAUCCACACGAUCGAGACAACAGCACCGUCAACGCCGCGCAGCUGAGAGUCCCGGGUCCUCUAAACAUGUCCGUGCUGCUUUUCUUCGCCUUGUUCGGUUUGACCGAACCGGAUAAGAUCCCCGACGUGGAGCGCUCGCCUCCCGCGACAGCCGUUUUGGCUAAGAUGGUAUUCGGCGUGUAUCUGGUCGUGACGUUCAUCGUGUUGGUCAACCUCCUCAUCGCUAUGAUGAGCGACACGUACCAGCGGAUCCAGGCUCAAUCCGACACGGAGUGGAAGUUCGGCCGUGCCGUUCUGAUCCGCGAUAUAAGCCGCAAAUCUGGAGUACCGUCUCCGUUUAACCUGUUCACCAACCUCUUCUACUCCAUCAAGGUCGUCUGCAAGCGCGCAGGGAAGAUCUGCUGUGCGGAGGCUCGUGAUGUGAUGAACGAGGAUGAAGAUGCUGAAGGUGCGUCUGAGUCCCGUUCUCUCGAUCGACAGGCUCAAGCGUCUGUCAGCUGGGUCCGAGGAAACAAGAGGACGCAGAUCCUCCCCGAGGGUGGUCAGAUCCCGGCGUCCCGCGGUGGAGGUCAGGUGCGCGUGGAGAACGUUGUUGAUUGGCCGUCGGUGGUCCAGCAGUUUCUGUCCCAGCGCAGACAGAGAGAGAGAGAUGAGUGACCGACAGCUUCACCGUGACGGAUGAGUUUGCACACAUCGUACCACAGCCUGUGCCUUUGAUCUGAUGUUCACUCCUAGCUAGAUGUCAGUUACACUACUGACCGAAAGUUUGGGGACUUUUAAUGUUUCUGAAAGAAGUCACCAAGGCUGCAUUUAUUUUAAAGGGAUAGUUCACUUUGAAAUACAUUUUCG